CCAGGCCCAACCAAUCUUUUCUCUUAGACCCUUAGUUACGCGAGAGAGUGAGAGCCGCACGAAAGAACCGGAAGGCAGGGUCGACGGAAGUACGGAACUGACGGAACUCAGAUAUGCCGCCGUCGCCGCCAGACGCACCGCCGGACGCCGACUCUAAAGCUCCAGCCUCCAGUUCCAUUGCGUCGGGGCAGAACUGAUCCUGAACUGAUCCUGGAGGAAAUCUGAACCCAAAGCCGAACGUGUAAAGGCCCCGAACCACUGUUCGUCUUCCAUCAACCGGGUCUCUUGGGAACACUCUUUCUACUCAUACUCUCAAGCAACCUGUUCCUUGGCUUCAAUGGCUAGCAACUCUCAAUUCCCUAGCAUGCAGCCGCCUCGACUUCCUCUAGCUGGUCCUCCUCAGAGUGCUUAUACACCCAUGCCGGUGCCGCCACAGUUCCGACCACAUAUGGUUCCACCACAGCCAUUCAUCCCAGGACCCUCUCAACAAUUUCAGCCUCUUGGGCAUACAAAUGUUAUGAUGCCUCCUCCUCCUUCACAAGUCCCUUUUCCUCAGCCAAUGCAGCAGAUGCAUGGUAGAUCUAUUGCAGGAGCGCACAAUGUUCCUUCACCACAGGCAAUUCCACCACCACCUGAUUUUGCAAACAGGCCCGUCACACCUGUUGCUCUUCAACCUCAACAAAACUUUCAGAUGUCAAAUAACUAUAUGCCUUGCCCCAGUGGCUCAAGUUUGCCAAUUUCUUCUUCGUUCAAGAUGGAUUCAGAGUCUUCUGGAAGUCUACACCAGGCACAAAAAAGCGAUUCUAUGUUUCCCGUUGGCAGACAGCCAUGUGUGUUGCCUGGGAACCCUAGCGAUAAUUCUAAAAACAUGCCCAUGGAGCAGAGCAAUGAACCCUUGCUAAAAAGGGAAGAAGAAAGCAAUACUGCUAUUUUGGAAGCAAAUCCUAAGCUUGGAUCUGCUGAUAAGAUGGAGUCAGGUUGGAUAGAACAUACUGCCCGCACCGGCAAAAAAUAUUAUUACAACAUGAGGACAAAAGUAUCUAGCUGGGAGAAACCUUUGGAGCUGAUGACUGCAAUUGAGGCAUGCAUUUCCUUUCUUUCUCAUGUGAAUGUAUGAUUAUCCUUGAGGGAAGUGAGCUGGUUGAGGAUUUGGGGAAACACCAUUUAGGAGUUAUCAUUGUGUGGAGUCACCCUUUCUUGCCUGUUGCUCCCUGUUUUUGCAGUAACAGCCCUUCUGUCAUGAAUGAGAAGGAUAAGCUUUGUUGAAUUAUUUGUUUACAUAACAGCAAACUCACUAGUCAGGUAGUAGGUUUAAUUUCUGCACUUUGAGGUGCUGUUUUAUUUUUAUUUUGUACGGUGAGAAGGGUUGAUGAAAUGGUGAAUAGACAUGUGGCUUGAGGAUGAGGUAGACCUAAGAAAACUUGGCACAAGGUGGUCAAGGGAGACCUUCGCGUGAAUGAUCUCGGUGCAGAUACUAACAUGAUAGGGCACAAUGGCAUCAUUUGAUCCAUGUAGCCGACCCCACGUACUCGGAUAAGGCAUUGUUGUUGUUGUAUUUUUAUUUUUGUACCAGGCUUUGAUCAUCUUACUUUCAUGUUUACAUAGGUUUAUGUCACACUUCCCCCUUUUUGUCUCCACCCUACUACCCUAGAGAUGGUACUUGUAGUGUUGUUUCUGCAUGUUUUGGACAAAAGUAUUCAUAUUCUUUGUCGGCAUGCAUAUCUGAAAUGCCCUCUCUUGUUUCAAUUUAUUUUGUCUUAUUUGUAUUUGGUUACCCGCUUUGAUUUUUUUUCUCAUUAAUCUGUUGGAAUAAAGCCGAGAAUUUUUU